AAAAAAUUGAAAAGCAAAAAAAAUGUAUUCACCGAUAUCAUAAUUUUUUAGAAAUGGGUUUUCUAAUGUGAGGUUUUCCGACAACGAAAUCACAGAAUGCAGCAGGUCCUAUCGAAUCUCUGCUAUGGAAAAAAAGAAGAAUAAAACUAUUCCAUUGAUGAGUCGAGCUGAAAAGAUAAAAAUGCUGCUAAUUGAAGGAAAUAAAUCUCUACUUUCAGAAAUGGAUUUUGAUAGGAUGGAGGUUUUAAGCACAAAUGGCCUAUUGGAUUCAAACCCAAGUGAUAAUGAUGAGGAAAUAAUGAGUAAUGCUGUGCAACAUGGAUCCUCAAUAUCAGAAAAUGAACAGUUUCCAAUUGUUUCAAAUCAGAGCAUAACUUCCACAGAAAUAAUAAACAAUGCUCUGACUGAUAAAUCUCUACUUUCAGAAAUGGAUUUUGAUAGGAUGGAGUCUGAUGAUGAUUUCCUUCAAGUAGCUGAUGAAACUGUAUCAUUACUUGUCGAAUCUACCACUGCAAUGGAAGAACAACUUUGUGAAGAAGUGACUCAGACUCUUGAUUCAGAUCAACACACAGUCAAUAACGAAACCUUUGGAAGAGAACUUAUUUGUGAGGAAGUGAUACAACUCACUGAUUUAGAGCAGCAGAUCACCUUUAAUCAGACCAAUGAGGGAGAAUUCGUUUGUGAGGAAAUCAGUGAACCCAACAGUUUAGACCAGCAUACACCCAGUGACCAACCACAUGAAGAAGAUGCAAUAGGGCCUAAAAGACUAAAGAAACCUAAUACAUCUCGAUGGAUUCGACUCAGUAAUCAAGGAAAGCGGAAAAGGGGAGAAGAAUACCAUGGAGUGAAAAAAGUAUCUGCAAGUUGGCAUUAUGAUGUACCUACACCAGCAAAACAAAUGGAAGAGCAUUGUAAUUGUUCUUUCAGUAUGAAAAGUGGAAGAAUCAACUGUAAUUUGUUCCAAGAAAUAGAAAGACAAAAUCCAUUUGAUCAGUUCUGGAAAGAGUUUGGAUGGGAUCAAAGAAGAACUCAUAUUCAAGACAUGGUGAACUCUUUACCAACCAAAGAUUUGAAAAACAAACAGAAUGAAGUUUCACGUAGAGAAAUGUCAUUAGUUUAUAAUUUGAAACUUGAUGGUAGAAGAUUACGAGUAUGCAAUAAGAUGUUUUUGAACACAUACUCCAUCACAGACUGGGUGGUUUUGAAUUGGUUAAAAAAAGAAACAAACAAAGAUCCACUCACCAACAUAAAAAAAUUUCAUUGAAACCAAGAAUCAAAGCAAAAUAGUUUGCAAAAGAAAUUUUGAGAAGUGUGCUUUUCUUAAAGAAUUCUUGGAAUCUCUACCUAAACUUGAAAGUCACUACUGCAGGAAAGGUACAAAACUGAUAAUAAUAGUUCGAACCAUGUAUUGAUGGACGAUCUCCAAGCAGUACUGCUGUCACCAUUUUUGAAAGCUUCAGCCCUAUACUAUAAAACUAAACUUAUCGUCCAUAACUAUACAGUUUUUAACAAUAAGACCAAAGAAGUCGUUUGUUAUGUGUGGCAUGAGGAACAGGGUGGCAUCACUUCAAAUGUUUUUGCAUCCCUAAUUGCUUAUCAUAUUGAUGUACAAUUGAAUCCUUCACCAGGUGAGACAGUGAUCAUCUGGAGUGACGGAUGUGGAUACCAGAACAGGAAUGUGACUAACAGCCUUUUAAUAUUAGCCGAAAAAAAGCAGAUCGCCAUAGUUCAAAAAUACCUCGAACGUGGGCACACUCAGAUGGAGGUGUGAUUCUAUUCACGCUCAAAUUGAAAAGAAACUCUGAAACAACGACAUUUAUGUACCUGCUAAUUACAUUGAAAUUGUUAAAACUGCGCGAAAGAACCCAGGACCUUACACUGUGAAAUAUAUUGACCAUACUUUUUUUAAAGAUUUCUCAAAAUCUUGCAUUAUUAAUUCGAUAAGACCUAGUGAAAGAGUUGGGGAUUCUACAGUAUGUGAUUUGUCUGCUUUGAAGUACACUAAAGAAAAAGAAGUGUAUUACAAAUUGAACUUCAACGAUGAAUGGACAAUGUUGAGGAAAAGAUUGAGAAAGUCAAACCGCUUCAAAGUGCCAGUACCUUUGUAUACCAACGCAUUAAAAAUCAAACCUGGAAAAUUUAAUCACAGGAUUUGAAAAGAGUGAUUCCAAAUGACUAUCACAGUUUUUAUGACAACUUACGGCAUUAAGUCAAGAAUUCUUUGUUGAAAAUAUUUUUAUAUCUACGUACUUUGUUCUCCAGUAGAAGUGUUCUAUGUUUGUUUUUCUCAAUUUAAUAAUAAUAAUCAUUCAUUUGUACAUAGCUGUUCCUCAUUACAUAAAACCUUGUAUGUCUUCACUAGGCUCGGGUGAAACCUUGUAAGUCUGAUAACUAUUGAAAAAUGAUAAUAUAAUGAAAAUUAAUGAUGUAGAAUGUAACCUUAAUGAUGUCUUAAUAAUAAUAUCAGAAAAAAUUAAGUUUGCUAUCACUAAAAAAAUGUGCAACUGUUUUUUGUAUCUCCUGUGAAAUUAUGAAAAUCAGGUUUUACAAGUAAGCUAUCAAUAUAUCGAUUGUAGAACCUCGGUAAUGAUUAGGGCCACGGCUAUCGAUGUUCAACAUCAAUUUCGGAUAAUAGAGAUGGGAGAUAAUCGGACU